AUGCUUAUUAAUCAAAUCAUCAUCACAGCACCCGAAUUUUGGACAAAGAAUCCAAGCUAUACGGAGAAAGUUGAUGUCUAUGCAUGUGGUCUCAUCUUUUGGGAAAUCCUGACAUGGAAUGAGUACGGCUAUCCAUAUCAAGAUCUUUCCGAACAUGCAUUGUACAUCAAAGUGAGAGAUGAAGAUUGGCGACCUCCUCUCGAUCGUCUCAUCAAUUAUUAUCCAAAGAAUUUACUUGUGUUGAUUAUUGACAUGUGGCAAAGCGAUUCAACUUUGCGACCUUCAAUGACUCAAGUGGUAGAACGAUUGUCGACCUAUUUCAAUUGA